AUGGUGAAUCACUCAACCUCAGACUUUGUGCUGGUGGGACUCUUGGGUCACUCAGGGUCAUGUCUGCUCCUCUUCUCUCUGGUGGCUGCCAUGUUUGUCAUGGGCCUUCUGGGCAACGCUAUUCUUCUCUUCUUGAUCCGCAUGGACUCGCGGCUCCACACGCCCAUGUACUUCCUGCUAAGUCAGCUCUCCCUGUUGGAUGUUGGCUUCCCUCUAGUUACCAUCCCCAAGAUGGCAGGCGACUUCUUGCAGGGGGAAGGUUCCAUCUCCUUUGGCGGUUGUGCAGCUCAGAUAUUCUUUUUGACCAUGAUGGGUGUGGCCGAAGGCGUCCUGUUGGCCCUCAUGUCUUAUGAUCGUUAUGUGGCCGUCUGCCACCCCUUGCAGUAUCCUGUGCUCAUGAGACGCCAGGUCUGCCUGCUUAUGGUGGGCUCCUCCUGGCUGGCAGGUGUGCUCAAUGGCGCCGUGCAGACAUCCGUCACCCUGAGCUUUCCCUACUGUGCCUCCCGCCUCGUGGACCACUUCUUCUGCGAGGUGCCAGCCCUGCUGAAGCUCUCCUGCGCGGAUACCUCAGCCUACCAGUUGGCGCUGUCCACCUCGGGGGUGCUGAUCCUCAUCCUUCCUCUUUUUCUCAUAGCCACCUCCUAUGGCCACGUGCUGGAGGCAGUUCUGCGCAUGCGCUCAGAGGAGGCUCGAAACAAAGCCUUCACCACCUGCUCCUCCCACCUCACCGUGGUAGGGCUCUUUUAUGGUGCAGCCGUGUUCAUGUACAUGGUUCCUGGUGCCUACCACAGCCCGCAGCAGGACAACGUGGUUUCUCUGUUCUACAGCCUCGUCACCCCCACGCUCAACCCCCUCAUCUACAGCCUGAGAAACCGGGAGGUGCGUAUGGCUUUGAUCAAAAUGCUAAGUAGAGCUGGACUCAAGCCAAAGUAA